AUGAGUAUCUCAGGUUUCUGUGAUCCUGACCUUCUUAUCAGCGCCCCAUACUCCAUUAUGUUGUCGUUAGAGAACACAUGCGUUUUAUAUUUACUUUUAUUGAAUGUAUAUUUUCUGUUUAUUUACUGGAAAUAUUUGCUGGCCAUUUCACUGGUCUACAUUUUAUUGAGACUAACCAGAAACAAUUUUCGGCAGAAGUUGGACAUCGGCCGAAAAGGCGUGGUCAUCACAGGUUGUGAUACAGGAUUUGGUCACUUACUCGCCAAGCGACUAUACGACUUAGGGUAUAGAGUAUAUGCCGGGGUCCUCAGCCUGGAGAGUCCGGGGGCCAAAGUGUUACAGGCACGUCAGUCGGACCGGCUUCAUGUGAUCAAGCUUGAUGUCACUAAAGACGAUGACGUCCAAAAGGCUCUGGAAUACGUUAAUGCAACUGGAUUAUGGGCCAUUGUCAACAAUGCAGGAAUAUAUUUUCCUGGUGACGUCGAGUUAGCGACUGUGGAUCAAUACAAGAAAUGUGCUGAGGUUAAUCUAUACGGCAUGAUCCGGGUCACCAAGGCAUUCCUCCCUCCUAUCAGGAAGUCUAAAGGUCGGAUUGUCAACAUGUCCAGCGUAAUGGGUCGGUUUUCCAGGCCAAGUGGGUCCGUGUACAGUGUUACCAAAUAUGGUAUAGAGACCCUGAGUGACUCCCUCAGACUUGAAAUGAAGAAGUUUGGUGUCAACGUCUCAAUUAUUGAACCUGGAGUAUUUAUUGCAGCAACAUCAGUAUUGGGGCCAGAACAGCUGACACGAUUAAAGAAGGAGAUAAACUACAUGUGGGAACAAGCAUCUGAUGACGUCAGACAGACCUAUGGACGUCCGUACUUUGACGAUAUCUACCAGGGAAUGGAGAAGAGUGGGCUAAAUGUGGUCCGGACCCAGUCAGCAGAUCCAGUUAUUAACGCUAUAGAGGACUCCCUCAUAAGCGUAACACCAAAGGCCCGCUAUAUGAUCGGAGGCUCUUUUUCUAUCGUGGAUAAGCUAGCGAUUUUUGCUAAAGUCUACAGUAUUCUUCCCGAAUAUAUUUCGGAUUGGAUCUUUGAGAAGAUGAUCUGA